GGACCUUAAGCUGCAAGAGUAAGGGACAACCAGCAAUGUUACUUUGAGUCGUUAGUCUGGAUUCUUCUAUCCAUGAGCGUGUUCUUCCCUCCCAUCCUCAUUGUUGUAACUUGACCUUGGACAUCUUGUUUCAUAUUGUGCCUGGCAAACAAGGCCGAAUACUAACAUGGCUUCCACAUAUCAACUCCCUCAGCUGCCUUACGGCCUAGAUGAGCUUGAACCAUCCAUCUCGAGGCAAAUCAUGGAUCUUCAUUACAACAAACACCAUCAGACUUACAUCACCAAUCUAAACAAUGCACUCACGGCCCAGGGUGAAGCAUUGUCCGGAUCGAAUCUGCUCAAGCAGCUCGAACUCCAGGCCAUCAUCCGAUUCAAUGCCGGCGGCCAUGUCAAUCAUACGCUGUUCUGGGAGAAUCUAUCUCCCCAUUCAUCCGGUAACUCGGACAUUACCAAAGCAGCGCCACAACUUUAUCAGACCAUCACUCAACGUUGGAAGACGUUGGACCAAUUCAAGACUGCCUUUGAAUCAGCCGCGCUUGCCAUCCAGGGUUCCGGCUGGGUGUGGCUUGUCAAGGAUAAAGAUUCCAACGCCGUCGAUAUCACCACCUCCAAGGACCAAGAACUUCCACCACCGCCAGGGAAACUGGUCUUGAUCGGAGUCGACAUGUGGGAGCACGCCUACUAUCUCCAAUACUUCAACAACAAGAAACAGUAUCUUUCCAACAUCUGGGACAUCAUCAAUUGGAAGACCGCUGAGAAGAGAUUUCUCGGUGAUGUACAGGCCAUUUACGGAGAGUUGACGGGCCUUUCGAGUCAUUUGUGAUCGUCCUCCAACGAAGCUAAGGCACGACAAAUAAUGCUAGAGAUGAGCAUGAUAGUUAUCAGAUGAGAAUAACAUUUCUAUCCAUUUAUUGCCCUGGUUUCUCAAAUGCACUCUUUGUUUGUUGGUAAUCUGCUCACAAUGUGCUCAUACUUACGCCGAGAAAUGGACCUCGACAGAGGGGUUGGGUCUGCCAUAAGAUGGGCGACUCGUCUACAAACUUGCUCACGAGGAAUGAAAAGGCUGACGAAUCCAUUGCUGAAUGGUCCAAUGAGACAGAUAUGUCCGUCGUCUCCUCUGUUUCUAUGAACUCUAUCAUGCCUUGCGUGUUCCUUUUAGAAUCUCGCUCAGAGUCAAUCCAGGAGACGGCUGACGACCAGGGACAUGAGAUAAUUCGACUGCAGCUGUACGCCCUGUCCUGAUUAUCACACUUGUUGCUGGAUCUUCACCCCUCUCCCUUCAUUUUGGUGUGAUUCUGCCUUCUCAACACCAUCUGGGCCAAUUCACUCGAAGAAGAGUCUAUUGUCCUUUCUAACGUAGCCUUAUGCCGUGCUAGCAUGGCAUAUUCAAAGGUAUUGUAGCAUCAAUCUGCAUUUCCAGUGUCUGCAGUCCUGUCCUGUCCUGUCCUGAUAUGUCCUAAUAACUGUUUAGGUCAUCCACCUGUGUUUAUCAUUUAUCAUCAUUGACGUCACGUGUGUUGAUCGAACAUGUCGACCAACUUUCGGGUUCUGGUGAAGUUUGUCGUCAAAUCGUAGCGUAAAAAUAUGUGAGCACACCCGGUGCAAAGCUGUUUCUGGAGGCGGUGAUUUGGAUCUUGCUUAUCGGCGAUAGACCGUGUCUUGGUGAUGAUGUGACGAUCUCUAAGCCUCAUACAAGGCAGUCUCGGGUUAACUUCACGACACACGUCUGCUUUCAACACCUGUCCAAACCUUCAGCAGCUCCGUUGCAGCACGUGGUUCCACGGCGGUAACGUUUCUAGCAACUUGAAUCUCC